AUGUUAUCCUUCGCUGCCAGGACCGUGCCCGGGCAAGUGGCUGUCUCUUGCUAGGUUCUGCUCACCCACUUGGUAGCACAGUUAGGCUUAGCGAUCCAGCCCAAGGCAGACAGACAGGGCUCAGAACCUCAGUCCUGCCAUGGAGGACGGGCAGCAGAAAGAGAAGGUAUGAAACGGAGCCUCUGUCACUUGCCUCCCCACUGCUGCCAGCAGCCUCGGACUCUCCUAUCUCUCUUUCUGUCCGCCUCCUCCAGAGUCUCCAGACUCUCCCUCUCUGCCAACUCACACCCUCCUUGCCAGGCCUCUCAGCUCUCUCUUGUCACGACGCUGCCCCUAUGCCACCCCUGUCCUCACCCCACAGCCAGGAAAAUGCCCGAGGCCUCGCCCUCACCCAAAGGUACUGCGGCUUUAUCAUGUGGCUCUGUCUGAUCUUCUCUUCCCUCUUCUAUCUCAACCUGGCAAGGGGGGGAGAAAAGGAGGUGAGGCCUUCCGGGCAGGGGUGUUCACUCAUCACCCCAGGGAGAGAAAGGCGGGGCCUGUGCACCCGCCAGGUGAGAGGUCCCUCUGACCUCUGCCUGCCCCACAGGUGCUGCUGCUCCUGACGUGGUCCCUUCGAGCCCUGAUGAGAGCAGUGGCCACACCCCACCCUCCCCCACCCCUGUGUGCACCUCCAGGCCCCUGGGAGGCGGAGACACCUGUAGCUCGAGGGCUGGGAAGUCAGGGCAGACCCCUCCCAAGAGGCUGUCUCUGACCCCAGGAAUGGGCACAUAAAUGCCCAGGGCAGUGGCUUUGGGGCUGCCAGGGCCUCCCAGAGCUGGUGAGAGAAUGAGCAGGCUCUUGUGCUGUGUGCAGGCGAGGCCCCUGGGCUUCCUCAAGCCCUCCUCCUUGACGAAGGUUUCCAGUCACUUCAAGACGCACCAGGACUCACUGCCCCGGCUGCCCGUGCCCCCGCUCCAGCAGACCCUGGACCAUUAUCUCAAGGCACUGCAGCCCAUCGUCAGCGAAGAGGAGUGGGCCCAAACCAAGCAGCUGGUGGAAGAGUUUCAGUCUCCAGGGGGCGUAGGGGAGCGCCUGCAGAAGGGGCUGGAGCGCAGGGCCAGGAAGACGGAGAACUGGCUGUCUGAGUGGUGGCUCAAAACAGCUUACCUCCAGUACCGCCAGCCCCUGGUCAUCUAUUCCAGCCCGGGCAUGGCGCUGCCCAAGCAGGACUUUGUGGAUCUGCAGGGACAGCUCCGGUUCGCUGCCAAAUUAAUUGAGGGUGUGUUGGAUUUCAAGGCCAUGAUUGACAACGAGACCCUGCCCGUGGAGUACCUGGGGGGCAAGCCACUGUGCAUGAACCAGUACUAUCAGAUCCUGUCCUCCUGCCGAGUGCCAGGCCCCAAGCAGGACUCGGUCACCAACUUCAGCAAGAUCAAGAAGCCGCCCGCACACAUCACCGUGGUGCACAACUACCAAUUUUUUGAGCUGGACGUGUACCACAGUGAUGGGACACCCCUGACCUCGGAUCAGAUCUUCACGCAGCUGGAGAAGAUCUGGAACUCGUCCCUGCAAACCAACAAAGAGCCUGUGGGCAUUCUCACCUCCAACCAUCGCAACUCCUGGGCCAAGGCCUACAGCACCCUCAUCAAAGACAAGGUGAACCGGGAGUCGGUGCGCUCCAUCCAGAAGAGCAUCUUCACCGUGUGCCUGGACGCGCCCAUGCCUCGGGUCUCGGAGGACAGGUACCGCCACCAAGUGGCCUGCCAGAUGCUGCACGGGGGCGGCGGCAAGCUCAACAGCGGCAACCGCUGGUUCGACAAGACGCUGCAGUUCAUCGUGGCCGAAGAUGGUGCCUGUGGGCUCAUUUAUGAGCAUGCGGCAGCAGAGGGACCCCCCAUCACCACCCUUGUGGACCACGUCAUUGAGUUCACGAAGAAGCCCGAGCUCGUGCGGUCUCCCAUGAUACCCCUGCCCAUGCCCAAGAAGCUGCGGUUCAACAUCACCCCUGAGAUCAAGAGCGACAUCGAGAAGGCCAAGCAGAAUCUCAGCAUCAUGAUCCAGGACCUGGACAUCACGGUGUUCGUGUUCCACCACUUUGGAAAGGACUUCCCCAAGUCGGAGAAAUUGAGCCCGGACGCCUUCAUCCAGAUGGCCCUCCAGCUGGCCUACUACAGGAUCUACGGGCAGGCGUGCGCCACCUACGAGAGCGCCUCCCUGCGCAUGUUCCACCUGGGCCGCACCGACACCAUCCGCUCGGCCUCCAUGGACUCGCUGACCUUCGUCAAGGCCAUGGGCGACCCUAAUGUGACGGAGCACCAGAAGGUGGAGCUGCUGCGAAAGGCCGUGCAGGCCCACCGAGCCUACACCGACCUGGCCAUCUGCGGGAAGGCCUUCGACCGGCACCUGCUGGGCCUGAAGCUGCAGGCCAUCGAAGACCUGGUCAGCAUGCCCGACAUCUUCAUGGACACCUCCUACGCCAUCGCCAUGCACUUCAACCUCUCCACCAGCCAGGUCCCCGCCAAGACAGACUGUGUCAUGUUCUUUGGGCCUGUGGUCCCAGAUGGCUACGGCGUCUGCUAUAACCCCAUGGAGUCGCACAUCAACUUCUCCGUGUCGGCCUACAACAGCUGUGCCGAGACCAACGCCGUCCGCCUGGCGCACUACCUGGAGCAGGCGCUCCUGGACAUGCGCGCCCUGCUGCAGAGCCACCCCCGGGCCAAGCUCUGAGCCUCGUUGCUCAGACCCGCCGAUGCCACGGCCAAGCCACCAUGGGAGGGCCACCCGCCGGGCUCUGCUCCUUCACUCCCCCGCCCCCUGGGCCUGACACAUCUGACCCAGUUGGGGACAAGCACCCCCCAGUGGAGCCUGCAGGCCCGAGCCAAGUGCCUUCCGCGGGCCCUCACCAGCACCCUCUGGGGCCAAGCAGGAGGGAGGCCUGGGCGCCCGGCCUCCCUCCUGCUGCGGCAGCCUCUGGGGAAAGGAACCAGCCCACCUCGCCCCUCGUCGGGGUGGCAGCUGGGCCGUCCUUUCCUUGCCAGCUCAACUCUGCCCGGUUCCUGCCAUCUGCACAGCCAGGCUGAGGUCUCUACCCUGAUCCCCAAGCUCCCGAGGACCUAGAGACAGGAUCACCUGAGGCUGGGCACCUUCCCGAGGCUGAGGAGCUGAGCAGCAAGGUGUGCUGGUGGAAAAGCCUGCCCUGCAUCAGAGCGCCCUCUCUGUGGCUCCGCGCCGUGGCUCAUGGGCCCCAGCCCGCUUGCUUCCUGAACACGGCCCGGUUGUGCGGUAGUAACCGGCAGGGCAGUUGGUUAAUAAAGGGGAAAUCUGCCUGGAAA